ACGGCGAGCAGCAUGUUCACCUGCUCCACGUUAAAUGUCAUACACUGUAGAUCAAAGUGUGUGUGUGUAUGGGAGUGUGUGUUGCUUCACAAUCACCUGCUUGGAAUUUAAAUGUAGAUAUCAGAUGAUGUGUGUACCACAAUUCCUGUGUGUGUGGAUUUGUGUGUGUGUCUAUAAUGCUGGUGUUACAGAAGACAUUGGCUAAAUGAGAUGUGUGUAUGCCUACCUGCGCAUGCUUUUGUCAAUAUCUGUGUGUCUAUUUGUGUAGGUGCAGAGAGCCAGGUGGGGGUCAGAGCCCAUGAAGGGGCCGACUGCAGGUAUCCAUGAAUAUUUUAAUAUUUUAGCCCCGUCUCACGUUGCCUUUUGUCAAGCUCCCAUCUCACCACCUGCCACUCACAACGGAGAGAAAGACGGAGGAAGAGAGGAAGAUGGAGAGUUAAUGUCACCCUGAAAAUGAACAGUGAAGGGGGAAGAAGAGGGAGGAGAAAAGAGGGGAUGGAAGAUGAAAGUUCCCACGUUCAAGGGUAACCCUGCCACCCUUCGUCUUUGUUCAAGGGACAGAAAGAAAAGAAGAAGGAAGGAGAGAAAGCAAGAGCCAAAGUGCCUGUGUUACACCACUAUCACUUACAAGGGGAAGAAUGGGUGAGAGAAAAGAGGAGGGAGAGUGACAGUGCUGACAUGGUAAAGGUGCAGGCGGGUGAGGAGGGUGAAAAAAGGGGGAGCCAGAAAUGGAGAAGGCACCUGCUGCACUGAGCGUCACUGCUAAUGUUUGUUGGGUCACAGAAGAGAAAGAGGGGUGAGCAGAGGCAGAGAAAUGAAGGAGAGGACUGACUGAUGAGUGAGGAAGUGUAAAAUGAGAGAGGAAGAUGCUCCCCAAGAACAGAAUGUUUAUCUGGGAUAAAUUUUAUGUUUAAGGCAAGACUAAGAAAAGAUAAGAAUUAGUCAUCUUGAGUCUUCAAACAACAUGUGGAGAGAGAGGGAGUGACUUCGGAAGCCAGCUUGAGAAGUCAUUAACGUCUGUAGUGAUGAAGGGCUGGUAGGGAAAUUGUCCCUGCAUGCUUAUGACAACCCUGGUGUGGUAGUGUGUAUCUGUGAGGCAUGCUUUGCUUGAUGCAGGAGGACGAGGGAUAAGUGCUCUGCUGCCUAAGUACAGAAGGAGUGACAUCGAAGAGGCCCCAGAUUGGUGAUGUCUCGUGAACGGCUCCCUCACAUUGGUUCAUCUGGGAGUAAAACAAAAGCCAAGGCCCCUGUCUCCUCCCCGGCUCUCCAGCGCCCCCGUCAAGCUAAUCACCGAAAACACAGCCAGCAGCAGACAUCAUCCUCUUCCUCUCACCCACACCCGGGGCCGUCUUCCACCAUCCUCUCAGACAGCACCAUGACGCCUUGGGGAGGCCUGGCUCUCUCCGAAUCGUCCUUUACCUCAAUCCCCCUGCCCCCCCCUCCACGGCCCCCUCCACUUCCACCUCCACCACCUCCUGCUCCUCAGCCGACGCCGUCCACUCCUUAUCGAGGGAGACGUAACGAAGACGAGGAAGUUUCAAGUACAAGUUUUAACUCUGAGGCUCCGUCUCCACCUGGUGCAGUCCCUCAGGACAAUCUGGUUGGAGGGGGUAGAGGAAUGCGGGCAAGACGGAGGUGCUUGCCCCAGCGUCGGGUGCCUCGUCCCCCCCGUCUCCCGCCACUGCGCCCCAUCACCAACCUCAGCUUCUCUCGGAGCUUCACCUUUUCUUUCUUCGAGCUGCCGCUGCACCAGUCACCUCGCUGCCGUGCUGAGCGCAUCAAAAACCUCAUGCUGCUUUUGAGACAGAUACACUACUGAAGAACACUGCUGACUGCACAGCUGAAUUUUUCUGUUCAGUGGACAUUACUUUUUAAACAUCAGCAUACAAUUGUCAAAUCUAGAGUGAUAUAGAAAGCUAGCUUCUAUAUUUACUGUGAGCAAACAAAGCUGUUUGGAUAUGUUGUUAGAUUCCGUAUUCAUCAUGUUUUAAAACUGCAUUUUGGGUUUGAACUUUUUGAACUUUAUUUGCAUAAAAUAGAUAAAUAUUCUCUCUAUAUAACAUGA